AUGACUCGGCAUUAUAUACAAAAAGUGACUUACUGUGUGCUGUUCCUUUUUACAUUAAUACAUUUUUCCAAUAACACCUCAUUAAGCAUUUUUGAACAGAAAAAGUACAAAAAGUUAUCUGAAAAUAUAGGACUGUAUUCAUUAAAUGAUGAUGUCGAAAUUUUAACUGCUGAAAACUUCAAAAACGAACUUUAUAAUAACAAAAGAGCUUGGGUUGUCGAAUUUUAUAACAGUUGGUGUGGUUUUUGUCAGCGAUUUGCUCCUUCUUGGAAAGCCUUUGCCACAGAUGUAAAAGGAUGGAAAAGUGUUGUUGGGAUUGGAGUUAUGGAUUGUGCUAAUGAUGAAAAUACUCCAAUUUGUAGAGAAUUUGAAAUUAUGGCUUAUCCUACCAUCAAAUAUUUCUAUGAAAAUUACAAAGAAGGUCCCAAAAAUCUAGGAGAAAAAUUUUCGGUUGGAUCACAUGCUCAUGAACACAGGCAAAAAGUAUUGGAAGUAAUUCAAAAAGAACAAACUGAAGGAAGAGGUAAACAUUUUCCUGAUAUUCUUCCAUAUGUUGAUAGUGAUUUAAAAGAAUUAUUCAAGUCAGGUACUGAAAACACAUUUUUAAUCAUACAAAAAGAAGAUGAUCACAUUGGUUCAGAAGUUAUAAUGGAUUUACACAAAAUAAAAAACAUAAGAUUUAGUUUUAGUAAUAAUACAGAAUUGAUAAAUAAGUUCGGAAUUAAAGAUUUCCCAGCCUUAAUUUUUGUAGAAAAAGAUGAAACCUUUCAAAUUAUAAAAACUGAAGGUAAAAGGGAAGCCUAUAGAACAGCAAUUGAAAAAUAUGUUCAUCCAAAGAAAGUAAUUUCCGACUAUAACAUUGUUAAACUAGAUCAUCAUGAUAACACUAAUGAACCUAGUAUGAAUGAAUUUUUAGAAACUAGGGAAAAACAAGCCUUAAAAGAACGAAUCAAGAAAAUGGGAGAUGUAGUGUUUCAAAUGGAUCUAGAAGCAGCCCUCAGGUAUUCUCUCAGACAUGAAGUAGCUACAGUAAAGGAAAUAACCAAAGAGAAACUAACGGCUUUGAAAAUUUAUUUAAAUGUUCUAUCGAAAUAUUUUCCAUUUGGCAGAAAUGGUAGAAUAUUUUUACAAGAUUUAAAAGAUUUUGUAUGGUACAAAACAACUGUAAAAGGUGACGAUAUUGCUAAGAUUCUUAUGAAUGCAGAAAAAGAAGAUCAGUUAGUAUUUUCAUCACCACAUCACUGGUUAGGAUGUAAAGGUAGUUCAAAUAUAUACAGGGGCUAUCCCUGUGGCCUGUGGAAAAUGUUCCAUUAUCUCACUGUCAAUGCAGCUGAUUACAAUGAAGGAGUGAAAGGUUCCAAUUAUAAAAUAGUUUUAGAAGCAAUGCAUGGUUACAUCAAACAUUUCUUUGGUUGUACAGAUUGUAGUCAACAUUUUCAAGAUAUGGCAAAAAAGAGGGAACUUUCUAAAGUAACUUCUUGGGAUGAUUCCAUUUUGUGGCUUUGGAUGGCUCACAAUGAGGUCAAUAAAAGGUUAUCAGGGGACCAAACUGAAGAUCCAGAAUACCCCAAAUAUCAAUUCCCAUCCAAAAAUAGUUGUCCAAGAUGUUAUGACAAAGAUGAUAGUUGGAAUGUUGGAGAAGUACUUUAUUACCUUAAACAUAUGUAUAGUAAUAUUAAUAUUAGAUAUAUUGGUUCAGAUACGAGAAUUUUACAUUUAGGGCUUGAUGGAUCUCAUAAUUAUAGUACUGAGUCUGGGUUAUUUAAAACUCUUGAUACAACUAUGUGUUUCAUACUAUAUGUAGCUUCCUUUAUGUUAAUUUUAGUAGUAAUUUAUAUGUUUUUGAAGAGAGGAUACAGGAAAAAAGUAUAUCACCAUGAUUUACUAGGAAAAGUUUAG